CUAUCCUACGCGUGGGGUGGCAGCUCCGCAGACGGACCGCGCCCCGCCCGCCCCGCCCCUUCGGGCCUCUCCGCUGCCUCCCGAGACCCCUCGGCUUGGCUCGGGCUUUCGGCUCCCUCCGGAUCCGCUCGGCUCUUUCCGGAACCGCCCGAGUGGCCCCGCCCCCAGCUGGCCCCGAACGCGGAAGUGCGGAGCCUGCGGCGCGCGGAGCCACGAGCCGAGCAUGGAGGAGCCGUGUGGGGCGGAUGGGCUGGGGGGGCGGCCCGCAGCCCUGCAGGAGCCCGAUGUGCUGGUGGCAGCGGUGGGCGCGGAGCUGGACCCCGACCCCAGGGGGAGGAUCCAGGCGCUGCGGGGGGAGUUGGCGGCCGCGCUGGCCGAGGUCGAGACGCUGCGAGCCGUGGCCACCGUGAGCGAGGGCACCAAGCAGGAGGCCGUGGCCACCGUGCGGCGCCAAUGCCAGGAGGAGGUGGCCUCGCUGCAGACCAUCCUCAAAGACACUAUCAGCAGCUAUGAGGCGCGCCUGGUGGCCCUGCAGCAGGAGCAGCACGGUGGCAGUUCAUGGGGGGGCCGGGAGCUGAGCUGCCUGCAGCAGCAGCGGACACAGGGAAACCCCCUGGACUCGCUGGAGCAGCAGAUGGAGAAGGCACAGAAGGACUCGGAGCGGCUGCGUAGCAUCGUCCUGCCCAUGGAGGAGGAGAUCGCCCAGCUCAAGAGCAAACUCUCCCGGGCCGAGGGGCUGAUCCAGGGGCUGCGGGGGCCUGAGGGCUUGCUCUGCGGCUCAUCGGAGUCCCUGCUGUCUGAUGCGGAGGCUCCCAGCCGGGUGCCCCCUGCCCACCCUGGGGGAGAGGGGGAUGAAGGCUCCGGACCGGAGGGUGAGGAGGAACCAGGAGGCGGCCUGGCCUUCGCCCGUGGCUGCGACAGCGUCUCCAUCGCCAGCUCCAGCACUGGCUGGCCCCGGCGCCGGCCCAGUCCAGAGCAUGAGGACACAGCCUCCCUGCUGUCCACCGGCACCCUGGUGCCCGAGAGCAUCUACCUGCCGCCCCCUGGCUUCCAGCUGGUGCCUGAUGGGGAGUGGACGCAACUGCAGCAGGAGGCCAGGCAGCACCAGGAGUCCUGGCAGCAGCUGAGCGAGCAGCUGGAGGCAGCGAUGCAGGAGAAGCUGCGACUGCAGGAGGCAUUAACACGGAGCAGCGAGGACUGUGCAAGCAGUCUCUCCCAGGUGCUGGUGCUGCUGGAUCAGAUCCAGAACUCGGAGCAGCUGCUGCAGAACCUGCAGGUGACCGUGUCCCAGACCCAGCACCGGACCCAGGAGCAGAUUGCCGACCUGGCGUCAUCUCACAAGCGGCUCAGCUACGAGGUGCAGCGGCUGAGCGAGGAGAAUGAGGGGCUACGGGGCUCUCGGCCCACCCCGACUCCUGCUGAGGAGCCACCACUGCUGAGCUCCGUGCAGGAACUGCAGGCCCUGGUGCGCCGGCUGCAGGAGGAGGCUGGGACCCUGCGCCGAGCCAGUGAGCACCAUAGCGAGCGGCUGCGCAUUGAGAUCGUCACACUGCGUGAGCGACUAGACGAGAAGGAGGCCGCCCGGGCCCAGCUGCAGGGGGUUCUGGAGGCCCAGCGCGAGGAGAGCCAGGUCAUGGAGGCCUCCUUGUGCAGCCUCCGGUCGGAGAUGGAGAGGCUACAGCAGCAGCUGGGGCAGGCAGAGCAGCGGGCCCAGGGGCUGGAGCAGGACAUGCAGUGGCUUCAGGGGGACCUGACCCAGCGUGACCAGCAGGGCCAGGCCUGGGAACAGGAAAAGGCCAGGCUGGAGGCAGCACUGUCCGAGCAGCGGGGGAAGCUGCAGCGGUUGCAGGCAGAGCUGGACACCAGUGAGCAGGUGCAGAGAGACUUUGUCCGCCUCUCGCAGACUCUGCAGGUGCAGCUGGAACGGAUCCGCCAGGCCCCCUCGCUGGAGCAGGUGCGCAGCAUUGUGGAUGGGACGCAGCUGAAGGAUGUAGCAGAGCUCAAGGAUCCCUGAUAGGCUGGGACAGCAAGAGGCCCUCCCCUGAGUGGGGGGGGGCAUGGAUGCCACCCACCCUUCCCCUGGGCAUGCACAGACUCCAACCCCUUCCCCUCCCCACUAGGGGGGCCUUGGACACUGCCCAUGCCCCAGGCCAGGCUCUGAGUGGACAUCCUCUACUAAUCCCCAUCCCCAGGCACCUGUGGGGGAUUGGGGCCAUCAGCCUGGGGAGACGGGUCCAAGCCCCUCUCUGCCCCCCCCCCCCCAAGCUCAGGGAUGGUGCCCUCCAUCUGCACACUAACCAAAAAUGCAGCUGCUGUCCACUCCCUCACCCCCACAAGAGCAAGGCCUAUGGGGCAGGGAGUAAUGGCGUGGCCCCAGCUCUGGCUUCCACCACAGGAGACAGCAUGUUACUGACAGUUACCAACACUGACGACUGGAACUGGAGGAGGCCGGCUUCAGCUCAGUGUCCAUCCUCCAUUUCCCCCCUUCCCCCAGCUUCCUCCUCCCACAAUGGGUGGGAAGGGGCUGGGCCAAGCAGGGUCCGCUGGCUCCCCUGCCACUAACAAUCCACCAGCCUGCCUUUAUGUGGAGGGUCCACAGGGGGCAGGGUUAAUAAAGGUGACUUUGUGACCAUA